AUGAGCAGCAAUAGGAACAUGGAGACAAGGUCUUUACUGGAUGAGCUGCGUAGCUUCGAGACGGGUGGCUUCUUAGACCUUGGCCACCCUCUCCUUAACCGCAUGGCUGACAGCUUCGUCAAAGCCGCUGGGAUCGGAGCUAUUCAGGCUGUGUCGCGGGAGGCUUAUUUUACAGCCAUUGAAAGUGCAGGACUCGACUCGUCCAGUGGUAUGCCAACGGAGAUCUCGGGUGGCAAGAAGCAUCGGUUCCCAGACCUCAAGGGAGAAACCAACAGGAAAUCUCUCGAGGCAAUGGUGAAGAACACUGGAAAAGAAUCCAUACAGUGGGGACUUGCUGCAGGAGUGUAUUCAGGUCUCACGUAUGGGUUAAAGGAGGCUCGUGGAGCUCAUGAUUGGAAAAACAGUGCAGUGGCAGGAGCAGUUACAGGGGUGGCACUGGCGCUUACGUUUGACGACUCUUCCCAUGAGCAGAUUGUGCAAUGCGCGAUUACUGGGGCUGCAAUUUCAACUGCUGCAAAUCUUCUUACCGGGAUAUUUUAA